AUGAGGUACUCUGUCGUUUCCCUCCUCACCCUCGCCUUGGGGGCAAUUGCUGUGCCCAAGGCUGACAUCAAAACAUACAAUGGGUACAAAGUCUUUCGGGUAAACACCCACGGCAAAGCAGAUGUCAAAGAGAAGCUUGCCCCCGUCACCUUUGACGAGUGGGAGCAUGGCGACCAGUACGCCGACAUUGUCGUUGCACCCAACGACGUGGACGCCUUUGAGAGUCUCAAACUUGACUUUACCACCCUGCACGAGAACCUGGGCGAUUCAAUCGUCAGCGAAAGUCCAUCUCACAAGAAGUGGAAGCGUCAGGCGGAUGACGAGUCUUGGUAUGAUGAGUUUCACAAUUAUGAAGAUCACAUCGAUUACUUCCGAGACUUGCAUGCGCAGUUUCCCAACAAUUCUAAGCUUGUUUCUUCAGGAAAGUCGUACCAGAACAGGAACAUUUAUGGACUUCAUCUCUGGGGUGAGGCUGGACCUGGAAAGCCUGCUGUGCUUUACCAUGGUACUGUUCAUGCCCGAGAAUGGAUCUCUGCGCCAACUGUCGAAUACAUCACCCUCCAGCUUAUCAAGGGCUUCAAGGGUGGAGAUAAAGACGUCCAGACCAUCUUGAACAAAUAUGACUUUUACAUCUUUCCAUUUGUCAACCCCGACGGUUUUGUCUACUCCACCACGGCUGAUCGUCUCUGGCGAAAGAACCGCCAACCUCCUCCUACUUCAGCACCAAACCAGACAUGUCUCGGUCGCGACAUCAAUCGCAACUGGGAGUUUGGUUGGGAUUCCAACAAGAGAGGUGCUUCGACAAACCCUUGUUCUCAGACUUAUCGCGGCGAGAAGCCAGCUGAUAGCCCUGAGAAUGCUGGAUUGGACAAGUUUGUUCGUCAGCUGAGAGACACCGUUGGCAUUGCUCUCUACAUUGACUGGCACAGCUACGGUCAAUACAUCCUUUCGCCUUUCGGCUACAAGGAAGACCUCUACGCGCCUGAGCUUGGAAAAUGGACCAAAGCAGCUGCCCUCGUCAGCGAGGCCAUCCGCGAUAGCUCUGACGACAAGACAACCUAUACAUUCGGUCCCAGCGGUGCAGUGUUCGUAGGACAGGCCAAGUUCUCGUACACAAUUGAGUUGAGGGACACUGGCGAGACCGGAUUUGUGCUCCCGCCGGCUCAGAUCAGACCCAAUGUUGAGGAGCAGUGGGCUGGUCAGAAGGUGUUGCUUUCUCUUUUGGAUGAGACUUUCUUCGAUGGCUCGGGUCCUGCUCUCUACCAGGGACAGACUUAG